UUUACGCUUGGAAGGGAGACGAAGGGGGAGCUUUCUUCGGAUCAAAGGCUGGUGUGGCGCUGUUGCCGUAGGAUGUACUGAGUGCAGCCUGCUGCUUUCUUUACGGACGCUUCUUGUAUCGUCUGGAUAUCGCAGAUUUCUGGAUUAUAAAUACAUUUGAUGGUUUUCAAUCCCAACUCAAUGCAGAGAAAUGGGUAAACUUCACUCGAAACAUGCUGCGAUUUGUAAACCGAGGGAAAGUCCGGAGGGCGACAGUUUUGUAGUUAAUGCCUGUUUGGCAAGGAAGGGAAUUGACGAUUGGCUCGUGAAACAGAAAUACUAUUGCACGGGCUCGCGGCUUGAGCAACAGGACUGUCACCACACGAAUAAAUGCGGCUUGUCUACUCCGGAUGUGUUGGACAAGGCGUGUGCAGAGGGAAUCAGUGAUGAACAUUACCGUUUAGAAGUGGCGCUGCCCCCGGAGAAGACGGUGGACAGUUGCUGUGUGGAGGAGAAGAUGCAGGGGAGAGAGAACCAGGUGCCCACAGGCACACAGAAACAGCUCCAGUUUGAAGAGCUUGAGUGUGCCGUCUCUGUAGAGGAAGACAACAGACAGGAGUGGACGUUCACGCUGUAUGAUUUUGACAACAAUGGCAAGGUCACCAGAGAGGACAUCACCAGCCUGCUCCACACCAUCUAUGAGGUGGUGGACACGUCGGUCAACCAUUCCCCCAGCAGCAGCAAGACACUGCGGGUCAAGCUCUCCGUCGCCCCCGACCCCAGCCAGCGCUGGCGGAGCUGCACUCAGGGCCCCGCAGACAUGCCCCACCCCAGAACCAAGACUGACAGGUGCAUUGAAGACCUUAAAAGUGCGGAGAAGAAGUCUCGAGCCCUCCUCAGGCGUCAUCACAGUGACCACCACACUAUCCAGCACCAGGUUCUGACCCAGCAGGGUCAGGGUCACAGUCAGGGCUGCCAGCGCCACUGUGUGGAUGAGAACCUGGAGCGCAGGAACCACUACCUAGACCUGGCCGGCAUCGAGAAUUACACAUCCCGCUUUGGAGCAGCCCCCACCACAGAGCCUGUGAAAGCAGAGCCACAGACCCGACCAUCGAACCAGACCAGGUCUCGCUCUCAUGAACCAGAGAAUGGCCAAACCUACUCCCACCACCGUCGCUCACAGGUGGCCAUGGAGAGCAGCGCUGCCCCAGGCCCUGACACCCUUUGUCCCCCACGACCGAGUAAAGACUCAGGUAAACACGCCCUGCGCUCCCCCAAGACCCACAGCCGCACGCACCCCACACAGACCACCAUGGGCAGAGUGAUGAGGAGCAGAGGGGCCCCACCUCCCCCAGCCCUACCCAGCCAGGCCCCCCCUCACCAGUCCUCAGCCCCCUACCGCAGGCACAAGCAGAGGGCCAAGGAGGGCCAACAGCAGUACCGGGCUCUGGGGGCUCCAGUGGGGCCUGUGGUGGAGAAGGAGCAGGUGAGGGUCCUACCCAGUGUGCUCCUCUAUGAAGGAGGGCUGGCCCAGAUGGUUCAAAGGCACGAGCAUCAUCACCACCAUGAACACCACCACCACUACCACCACUUCUACCAGUCCUGAGGCAGCCAGCCAGCUCCCUGCCCUGCUGCCCCCAGCCCCAGAGCAACUUCUCACAGCCCCACCUCAACUUGGCUCCACUGCCAAGCCAGUAGACUCUACAGACACAGGCCCCUCCCACACAGCACAGCAACAGCACAGCCAGAACUGUGUCACUGUUAGGGGGAGUUGGGUCUUGCAUGGCCCUGUGGGCUAAGAGGACAGAACAUCAAGAGGAGUUGGACAGACAGGGAGAGGUGCAGGGUGAAGAGGGUUAUUAUGGGGUUGUCCAGGCAUGAAGAGUCCCUUUGAGGCAGCGGGACAGUUUCUUGGUCUUCAGGCCUGCCAUGAACCAGGAGCAGGACUUGGCAGAGGGAUGUAACAGGGGAGCCUGAGAGGAACAGAAUGAGAAAAGAGACUUGGCUGUAAUCCUUCAGAGGACUCCUCUCAUCCCUCUCUGUCUGUCUGGUUCUCUGAAACCCUCUACUCUGAUGGACUAGCUGACUUUACGAAGCCAUACUGGCACUGCCAUCCUCACAUAUCUCUACGUUUUGGGGAAUGAGAAGUGAGGGUCUGGUUUGGAGAGUGAGAGAGAUUUGUGUGUAUGAAUAUACAGUGUGUGUGUGAGAGCAUGUGUUACCUGUCUGCUGUGACACACCUAUCGUCACUGAAAACCACUUGAAAAGCACUUGUGGGUGCAGUUGCAUUGGAGACACUUUGGGCUGUCAGAACAGAGGACUGACAGGCAUCGGCUGGAUAUGAUGAAGACAAGAUCAUCCAGCUCCUGAAUCUCACAUGCAAUACAGGACCCUCCCUGAGAGAACGAUGUUGAAAUGUUCAGUGAGAAUAGAAGACUGUAAUCAGCUGCUACCUCUAGUGUUAUUAAUGGAAUUGUUGGUGUUAUUAUUAUUGUUAAUAAUCAGAUGCUAUUUUUCAGUUACAUUUUAUUUUAUUUUUUAAAGAUGACACAAUCUGCAGUAAUGUAGUGUUGAAACGCUCCUACAUUUUUUUACCUACAUAUUGUAUGUACAUAUAUUAUCAACAUUAUAAGCUUUAUUUAUAAUGUGACGUUUGUAUCAACAAUCUACAUUUAUUUCUCACUCAACCCCAUUUUCCCGAUGUACCAUAUUGAAAGACCACUAUGUAUACAAUUUAGACCAUCAAAGAUACAACUCUGACUCCCUCUAAUAUCACCACCUAAUAUCACCACACACAGUUCUUUCACACAAAUGAUCAGUGUACACCUUCUCAAGUACAUCUCUGCCUUCUGAACAGUGUCUGUCUAAUCGUUGUGGUUAGCAGUUCACAGUAAGGCUCUUUCUCAUUAGCUGAAUCAUAAGUAUGUGGUGGUUGACAAUCCACAGCAGUCCCAUGAUCCUCCAGGUCUGAUCAUAACACAUGACCCUAACCGCUGUCCCCCCAUGAGGCAUCCCCCUGUCCCCAGCUGUCAGCACCCGUUUCCCCAGCUGUCAGCACCCGUUUCACCAGGCUGCCAUCACGCCAUGUGUCCCCAGCACUCAGGCAACAAAGCUCUGUUUAUGACGCUGGCUGGACAGGGGUGGAGGCUCUCAGCUGUCUGUCUCAUUCCUCUGGUGCUAGGUGACACCAGGCCCAGCCCGCAGGCUCCACCAGGACCAUAACUCACCCUGCUGAAGGCCUGCUGUCAGACAGGCAGCUUCAACCACACAGGACCUCUCAGAUCCUCUCCCACCCUAGGUGAACCAUCAGAACCCUACACCACUGUUUAGGACAGGUCACUACGGUAUGCCUGCAUCUGGGUCCAGGAGCUCCUGACCGAGUAUAAUCUGGCCAGGGUAAAGAGGAAAAUACUGUAAUCAGCAAUGUUCCCUCUAUUUUUUUUUCGUCACUGAGCAAAUUUCAGGUCUGCUGAGCGCAAACUUGAACAUUGUGAAAAUUUGGUGCAACUUACGAAGCACGUUUAAUGUGAACACUGAGGCUGUACCCGCUAGGGUACACCUUUAACAGUGGUCAAGUAGGCUACUGUGGCUAUUUGACAAUAAUGUAGGCCUACUUGACUGGCCAACCAUCAAAAACAAUGGAGACAAUUCAUCCCAUAAUAUGUUAACAUGGAAAUAGCUGUUCUAUCGUUCAGCCUACAGUAGCAGACAAUGUGUGGUGUUCAAUGUAGGCCUACAUUCUAUGAGACUUUUGAAAAGUACAUGCAGGGCUUGACAUUAACCUCUUUAUCCACUUGUCCUUCAGACAAGGAGGUGACUGAAAAUGUUGUGGUGUUUGAUGCAAGAAUCCACUUUAUGAAAUUAAAUGCAUCAUUAUUCACAUACUAUUAUUACAGAGAAUCAGGCAAAAUAUUCUACCCUCUGCCAAUUGGCUACACUGCCCCUUUAAGACAAAUAAGCAAUUUACCUGACUUGCUUUUCAAAGAUGUCUAGAAAUGCACACGUUUUGUGCUCUUGUAGGAAGCAAUCACUCCCCCAUUGCUGACUACAAAUUAUCUAUAACUGGGCUAAUAACUGACUAACUAGCGAAGGAUAUGAACACAUGUACACACGUCGCUACAUGUAGCUCUGGCUUUGAUCUCAAAACAAACUCAUCUACUCACCACCACUCAUGCUGUGUAAACAGUCCAGUUCAAAGUGAAUGGCACAGAUCCAUAUAUGGCAAUGUCUAUUUGCAUAUAGGCCUACUGCAGCUCUGAUUGGUUAUGGGGCACCGGUCUGUGUAGAGUACGGCCUAUGUUGUGCCUGUCAAUGCAAUGAAAUCCUACUCCGAUGCGUUCUGCCUACAACAAAUCUCUUGCAUGGUUUUGUUUCGGUAUGUUGCAUUGAAAGUGGCUAAUAUUGCAUUGAUUCAAUCACAUUUCCCACAGUAAACGGAAACGUUGAUCGUGUUAACUAAUGUGGAAAACUCUAGAAAGUUCGCACUUCUUUGCGGGCUGAUAUUUAUUCUGCAUGACAGUCCUGGGUGAGCUGCACACCUGCACUCUCACGCAUCUUAGAGGGAACAUUGGUAGUCAGUAUGAGCUAAUAGACCUCACUACUGGCUAUGCGUUGUGAGCAGGUGUGAAGAGUUCACAAAUUCCCCUACAGGUGUGUUGAACCUCACACCAGGUGUGUGGACAUCAAAGCCAACUUUCCACUCUGGGUCAUGUAUAGGUUUAGAGCUUUUACUACAAGUUUCCGUUAGUGUGUGUUUUGGGUCAGUUGAGGGAAUCUGGUGCAUUCCAGGCUUGUCCUGAGCUCCAGUGCUGCACUCCCUCACACAGCUGCAGGCUGUGCAUUAGCAGAGGCACCAGUCAGGCUGGCCUCACCACGGGACACAGUCACCCACCUCAGCCACCCCCAAGGGGAACGCAGCUGCACCCCAUUCCACAGCCCCUCUCUCCCCUACAACGCUGCCGCUCUGCGAUCUGCUUGGCGCUGUCAUCUGUCUGGUCUAGCAUCGCAGCACCCCAUCUGACAGGGCCCAUCACAAUACUAUAACUCAUGUUGUAGUCUUCACACCACGGCAACACCACAGCUAAACAGUAGAGGUGUUGAUACUAGCACCUGCCCAUAGGAUAGACAUGCUUAAGGUGGAAAUGGCUUGUUGCUGCAUUGGGGGCUAUAUCAAGCCAGGGAGAGGCAGAGGUCCCGUGUCUCCCUUCAUGGUGGUCGUCAUUAGGCAUAUGUGUGUGUGAUGAUGUCUGCAGUGAUCCCCUCAGACAGACACCAUGGCUAAUAGGCAGGGAUCUGCUUGGGUUCUCAUCCUCAGUUAAACUUACAAUCCCUCUGCCAUCUUCCCCCAACACCACAGACACUAGAUGAAUGGUGCCAUGUGCCUCUAGAGUACUGUGGUAUUAGUGGGGCAGCCACUGGAACAGAUAUCUCUGUGGUGCGUUUGAAAUGCAGCACUAUUCCCUAUAUAAUGUACAACUUUUGACCAGGGCCCAGGGUCUCUGGUCAAAAGUAGUGCACUGUGCCUCUUUAAAGGGACACUCCAGCUUCACCGGCACCUAAAGUUCUGCUCCAGAAUGCUCCACUGUAUCUUCUUCAUCUGUAAAUGUAUUCAGUUUUGGUAUUUACAGACAAGACUGAAUUUAAUUUUCUCACUGUAUUCCACCACUAAGUUAUGUUUUGUAAAAUUAAUGUAUCUACAUGUUAAACUAAUGUAAAUAGUAUAUGGACUGCAGAAAGGUUAUACCAGUAUCGUGUAGAAGGAAUAAACGUAUUUAUAAUAAUUGAAUGACUGAGCAAAUAUACAGUAUUUCUUCCAAGCUAUCACACUUGCCUACUAUUUUGUCACUUCUCUACUGUAUCCGCUGUGCCAAUCAGUGCUAGCAGGGAAGGAUAGUUGUCUCUUUCUCUCACUUCCUUCACUUCUUCUUUGUGAUUGUUGCAAAUGAAACAUGUCUAGCACUUGCUGUUCAGUUCCUCAAUAGCAGACCAGACCCUUUCUCUCUUUUCCCUAAUGGCUUUUUCAUGACUUUGUUUAGUUUAUAUAGAUGGUUUUUGAUUAAUUGCUUUAUUUAUUUGAUAGCAGAACUGUGCCAAGGGAGAUACCCUUUCAUUAAAGUAUGAACCUGUUCCCUAGAA